AUGACAGAAGUUCCAGAUGACAAAGAAAGAGAGUGCAAAGCCAUGGAAAAGGUUGAGAAAGAGCAAACAGAAAAGCCAUGGUUGUUAUAUACCGAUGGAGCAUCUAACGAAGACGGAGCAGGCGCAGGGCUAAGGCUGGUAAGACCCGAUAAACACGAGUUCACGUACGCCAUACGCCUGGAUUUUAAAAGCACAAACAACGAAGCAAAGUAUGAAGCUUUCCUGGCUGGCUUACGAUUGGCAAUCAAAAUGGGGGUCCGACACAUCAAAGCGCAUGUGGACUCCAUGCUUUUAGCAGGGCAAAUAAACGGCCAAUACGAAGCCAAGGGGGAUGUCAUGGCACUCUACCUCAGCCAAGCAAAAACCUUGCUACAAACCUUCUACUGUUACAAAGUGCACCACAUAAACAGAAGCGAGAACAAGCCGGCAGACGCGUUGAGUAAGCUCGCAUCAACAAGCUUCCAGCACCUAGCAAAGGAUGUGCGCAUGGAGGUUUUGAGCAACCCAUCCGUUCCACUCAGAGAAGUAAGUGUCAUCCAGACAGGAACAACGUCCUGGAUGACACCGAUAAUCAUGUACUUGCAGUCAGGGAUACUUCCCGAAAACAAAGCCGAGGCGCGAAAGAUCCAAUACAAAUCAGAACACUAUCAGAUGGCAGAUGGGAUACUGUACCGAAAGUCGUAUCUCGGCCCGCUGCUGAGAUGUGUUGACGCCGACGACGCAAAUUACCUAAUCCGGGAAGUGCAUGAAGGAAUUUGUGGUAUUCAUGCCGGGCCUCGAAUGGUGGUGGCAAAAGUGAUGAAUGCCGGAUACUACUGGCCCGGGAUGCAUCUCGAUGCCGUGAAAGAAUUGAGGAAGUGCAGUGGCUGUCAGAGACAUGCGCCCAAGACCAUGCGCCCCAAAAAUGAACUAGUACCAGUCACAACCGCAUGGCCUUUUCAACAAUGGGGCAUAGACAUGGUAGGUCCUUUCCCGGAAGCACCAGGGGCAGUCAAAUUUAUAAUAGUCGUAGUCGACUAUUUCACCAAAUGGGUGGAGGCAAAAGCACUUGCAUCAACCACAUCGGCAGUCGUCAAGCGAUUCAUAUGGGAGCAAAUCAUAUGCCGCUUUGGCCUACCUCUCAGAAUCAUCACCGAUAACGGAACUAACUUCGCAGCAGACGACCUCGAACGAUGGUUCAAAGAACUACAUGUCGAGCAUACCUUCUCUUCGGUUGCGCACCCGCAAGGGAAUGGUCAAGUAGAGGCAGUCAACAAAAGUAUCGUUGAUGGUAUCAAGGCAAGAGUCCGAGUCUGCACUUUUAACCCGGGAGACUAUGUCCUAAGGGACAAUGAAGCUUCCAACGCAGAAAAGCCCGGAAAACUGGCUCCCAAAUGGGAAGGCCCAUACGUAAUCGAUGCAGUACUCGGCAAGGGAGCUUACAAAUUGCGUACCAUCAACAACAAAGAGGUUCCACGAACCUGGAAUGCUCAACAACUCCGAAAGUGCUACAUGUAA